AUGUCGGAGAGUGCCACUGUCCACUGUUUCUCUGUUGUUCGAGCUUUGAGUUCGUUGAACCUUGAGGUCUGGAAAGCCGGCUAUAUCGAAGAGUGCCACUGUCCACUGUUUCUGAUUCUUGGCCCAGCCGGCUUUGAGUUCGUUGGUAUGGUCUGGAAUUCUCUCCUGAUUAAGGCCUUCAUUGGAGGUCUGGAAUUCUCUCCUGAUUAA